UUGUAGAAAUCUGUUAUAAUUUAAGUUUUUAGCUCAAAACUAAUUAGAUACAUGAUAUAAUGAGCCUUUAGGACAUUUCUUGUAUCCUAGUCACUCAGAAUAUGAAUCAUGAAGGGCUUUAGUCUGUGAAAGGAGUGUCUCUUAGAAUAUAAGAGUCCUUCAGCAUGUUUUGCCAAUACAAACAGCAUUUGCAAUCUGUUUUAGGGAAGAGUUUAGGGUCAUAGCCGUAAUAUUUCACAGUUUUCUUCCUCCCUUCUUUCUUCGCUGAUGGUCUAUACACUUUUCUUGAGAUGUUCAGCUUUGUUGUCUUGGAAUUUAGUAGAAGACUCUGGGUAUUGAGGGAUGAUAAGGGCUCAUUUCAGGCCUUUAUAGUCACAUCCUUUAACUUUUGAGUCUCUGAUUUCCUUUCAAUUUCUUUUUGAAGAUUUCUGAACUGAUUCUUGGUAGUAAAUCCAAUGAAUGGUUCAUUAGUUAGAUCUCCAAAACUAAAUUCUCUCUUGAGUCCUGGCUCUGUGCUAAUUUUAGGGUGUUGUUUUGUAGUUAUUGGUUCAGAGGCCAAUGCUUCUUCAGUGUCCUCCGAUCCAUCAAAGUCAUCGCUAUCGGACAGUGUAGGCCCAGGAGGAUAGUCUUGAAACUUUUCAGAUUUCAGUAAAUUUUUGAUUCUUUUGUUCUUGAUCGUGGAUUUAAUGCUUGUGAAGGCAGAUUUGUGCUCAAGCAGGUAUUUUGUAGUACCAUUGUCGUUUCUGACAAGGAUCCUGAACUUGAGAUCUUCUUCUGAAUCUUCGAAAUUCUUUGGCAUU